GUGUUUGCUUCCCCUGCAGAGCUGUUGCGCAGCCAUUGGUACCUGUAUUGGGGCAACAUAGCGUACAAGCAAGGAGCUCACAGCCUCAGUGGCGAAAACUUUUUCAUGUCAGAGACCGAGAACUCUUGCAGCCGUUUAUGUCAUCCCUUCUUCUCCAGACAGAAGAUACCAAAAAGUUGCAAUCAAAGAUCUCUUCAUCUUAUCGAUAAAGCCACUAAUAAGCCAAAAUGUCUGUCAACGUCAACCGCAGCGUGUCAGACCAGUUCUAUCGCUACAAGAUGCCCCGUCUGAUUGCCAAGGUUGAGGGCAAAGGAAAUGGAAUCAAGACAGUUAUAGUCAACAUGGUUGACGUUGCAAAGGCGCUUAAUCGGCCUCCAACGUAUCCCACCAAAUAUUUUGGUUGCGAGCUGGGAGCACAGACCCAGUUUGAUGUUAAGAAUGACCGUUACAUUGUCAACGGAUCUCAUGAGGCAAAUAAGCUGCAAGACAUGUUGGACGGGUUCAUUAAGAAGUUCGUUCUUUGUCCUGAGUGUGAGAACCCCGAAACGGAGCUGCAUGUCAAUCCAAAGAAGCAAACAAUAGGUAAUUCUUGUAAAGCCUGUGGUUAUCGAGGCAUGCUUGACACACAUCAUAAACUCUGCACAUUCAUUCUCAAAAACCCACCUGAGAACAGUGACAGUGGCACAGGAAAGAAAGAGAAGGAAAAGAAAAACAGGAAGGGCAAGGACAAGGAGAACGGCUCUGUGUCCAGCAGUGAGACCCCACCUCCGCCGCCGCCACAUGAAGUCAGCCCUCCGCACGCUGUGGAAGAGGAAGAUGACGACUGGGGGGAGGAUACAACCGAGGAGGCUCAGCGGCGCAGGAUGGAUGAAAUCAGUGACCAUGCGAAAGUCCUGACGCUCAGUGAUGAUUUGGAACGGACUGUCGAAGAACGGGUCAACAUCCUGUUUGAUUUUGUUAAGAAAAAGAAGGAAGAGGGUAUUAUCGACUCAUCAGACAAAGAAAUUGUUGCCGAAGCAGAAAGACUGGACGUAAAAGCUAUGGGCCCUCUUGUUUUGACUGAAGUUCUUUUUAAUGAGAAGAUUAGAGAACAGAUUAAAAAAUACAGGCGCCAUUUCCUACGAUUUUGUCACAACAACAAAAAAGCUCAACGUUACCUCCUUCAUGGUUUCGAGUGUGUGGUAGCGAUGCAUCAAGCUCAGCUCAUCUCCAAGAUUCCACAUAUCUUGAAGGAGAUGUAUGACGCAGACCUUUUAGAGGAAGAGGUCAUCAUCAGCUGGUCGGAAAAGGCCUCAAAGAAAUAUGUCUCAAAAGAACUUGCCAAAGAGAUUCGUGUGAAAGCAGAACCAUUUAUAAAGUGGUUGAAGGAAGCAGAGGAGGAAUCUUCUGGGGGUGAAGAGGAUGAUGAGGAUGAGAACAUCGAGGUGGUGUAUUCGAAGACGGCCAGUGUGCCGAAAGUGGAAGCUGUGAAGUCGGACAGCAAGGACGACGACAUUGACAUUGAUGCCAUUUAAAGGGACGGGUGCGGCCCAGCUUAACUGUGAUGCUAAGAAUCCUUCUGCAUCAUCAGCCAGAAGUGCAACAUGCGUGUGCAAAAGCUAAAAUGGCUUAACAUCAUGCUACACUUUCUGCUAAAAACAUUGCUGUGAGUGGUCUGUAAUUAAGCCCAACAAGACACCUCGGGAGUCCAUACACAUAUCAGUGAGCAGAUGUAGUUUGCUUAUUUAUAGCAUGUUUCUUUUUGAAAAAUUAGUGGUGGACACAUUUGGAUCACAUUUAUACAGUUAUAAAAAUAAAGAUUUGAUUUUGGUCAUUCUUAAAUUUUUUGGCUCUGAAUGACUUAAGCUGAAACAAUUGGCUCCUUUUUAAAACAUUAUACCAUCUUUUAACCAGAUAGGAUUCUUGGAGCCUGUUAGACACUGUUAGGUGCUGAGACUGUAAAGAGGUCUUAAGCAGAAUGUAAGCAUAAACCUAUUUGUAAUUACCUUACUCAGCCAUUAAGAAAUACAGUACUUUUUAAGUCUUAUCUCUAGUCCCUCAAGUUGGCAUCUGGUGACGUACAUUCUUACCAUGCCAAGGCGGACAGUAUAACACCUUAUCUUACUAAGAGUAAAAAUGACCUGAGUGUCCUAUAAGUAAUUUUAAAAGCAGUUUUUGAAACUUGAAUUUUUUUUCCCAGCUCGCUUAACACUUCCCCCAAAUCGUAGUCUUUGAAGUCACGUGAAUUGCAAGUUGGAUGAGCCAGGGGAAUUAUUACAUUAACAAAUAAGCAUUUUAUGUGUAUGUAGCUGUUGCUUUGUGCUGAGAGAAAACUCUCAAGUUUUGGGGUGUGAUGAAAAAGUUCCAUGAUUUUAUUUGGGGGAAGGAAAAGGUGCACUUAAUCUCUAGCAAAAAAAACCAGCAUAAUUUUUCAGCUUUUACUCUGAAAGACGGUUUAAAUUAAAAUUUCAAAAUGUUUAGACAUCCUGUAUCUUUUGUUUAGUGUGGAUUUUCCCUGAUGCCAUGGCUUGUUCUUUAAUGCCUUUUACAUUUGGACACACAGGUUUUGGUGGUUAUCUUGCCAAAAUUAGUGCUGCUGUGUCUCAAGCUUGAUUUUUUUUCUUUUCUUUUUUUCAAAAUGUCUUAUUUAUAAAAAGAAAACUAAAAUUGUGCUUCUAAGUCAGCCUAUGUUUUGGCAGGAGACUUGGGUGUCUUUUAUUUCACAUUGAAUAUAGUUAGACACUCAUGAAGUCUGGUGAUGGCCACUGAAUACAGGUGACUAGGGCCUGGCCCAACCCUUCUUGGUCUUUAGGUUUGGAAAUAACUUCCUGUGAAUUCUUUGCCCAAGUAGCUGAUCUAAACUCACUCUUACGGGUUCUGACUAUAUUUGAGAAAUUGUUUUCAAAGUAGAAACUUGUUGAAUUUAUUGCUUUCCAUAAAAAGUGCACUAUGGGAAUCAAGAAUCAUGGGGUUGGUUUUAUUUGGAGCACGGGUUUUCAUUCACCUCUGAUUUUCUUUGAUCCAUCUCAUUAUAAUGAGACCUUAACAAAUGUAUGUAAACAUUUUUCACAUUGAAAUUAUACAAACAUUUGAUAUAAUAAAACCUUGUUAGCUUGAUACUUUAAGAAAUUAAGAUCUAGUGAUUUUGCUGGAGAGAGAUGAAUUGGUCUCCAGCUGCCUUUUGAUAGAUUUUGAUGAGAGUGAAGCAGAAGCAGUGUACCAGGAGGGAAUGUGCUUUGUCACACCAAAGAGAGGAGGUUUUUGCAAACUCACAUCUCACCUAGGUUUCGAAUUUCUUUGCUAUUGGCCAGUUUAAUUUCAUUAUCUGAAAUCCUGUGCGAUAUUGAUGGGCAUUCAGCAUACCCAGUGUCAAGCUAAUAAGGUUCUGUUAUAGAGGUGGGUUUUUUUAGUUUUUCCUUUUAAUCUGAAGGAAGCCACGUUUAGGGCUUCUAAACACUAAAGAGAAAAUUUUGGCUUAGACCGGUGUUCAGUCUGGUGCCAAACUUCCAGUAGACUCAAAUCCACGUACAGAGGUAUCCUAAUAGAGUAAUCCUUCAGUUUGCUCUAUUCAACUGUCUUAAGAUUUCUUGUUUUAAACAGCUACAUUACUUGAUUAAAACAAUGUUAAAAUUAUAUUUUGUCUCUGCUUUAAUGUUAAAAUUAACCUACAUUUUCAUACGAUAGUGAAGUAUUAAAAUCUGCCCUGUUUUGUA